AUGUUUACCACGCUCCACAGCGAGGAUACGGAAUAUUCGGCGGAUUCUGUGGAGUGGCUCCAUCAGGAUGAUCCGGCAGCGGGCUUCUUCGCCUGCGGUACCUAUCAGUUGGUGCAGGAGGACCCGGAGUGUGCCGAGAAGGCUUCACCCAAGCGCCCUCGCAAGGGCCGCGUGUAUUUGUACCAUUUCGAGACCACAAAUUCCAGCCUGGAGCGCCUGCAGAGCAUUGAAACGGCGGCCAUCCUGGACAUGAAGUGGUUGCCCGCCUGCAGUGAUGAUAGUGAUUCCCACCUGGCCACGGUUAACUCUUUGGGUCAGUUGGAAAUCUAUGAGUUCUUGAAGGAUCAGAGGCAAUUGAAGAAACAGACGUGCUUCGCGCUGGAGGAGGAGCCCCAGGGGGAGUCAGCCUUGGCCUUGGCACUGGACUGGCGGAAGGCGGAACAGGACAUUCAACUGGCCAUCUCGGAUUCCAAGGGUGGCCUAAACCUACUGAGGUACUCACCGCAGGGCGAGGCAAUCCGCGAGCGAUCGUGGUUAUCCCAUGGUUUUGAGGCCUGGACCUGUGCCUUCGAUCGAUGGUGUUCGCAUCUCCUGUACAGCGGCGGCGAUGAUAUGCUUCUAAUGGCCCACGAUUUGCGCACGGAGCAACGGGCGUGGACAAACCGAGCCCACAUGGCCGGAGUAACCUGUCUGCUAGGUCACCCGACUCAUGAAAACCUACUGCUGACGGGUAGCUACGAUGAGCAGCUCCGUUUGUUUGACACUCGCGCCAUGAAGCGUCCCCUGGCAGAAUUAAACUUGGGCGGAGGCAUCUGGCGACUAAAACCACAUCCUGCUUAUCCUGAUCUCAUGCUGGUCGCCUGCAUGUACACCAACUUUAGUCUGGUGGAGAUUGAUGCCAAGGAUCCUAAUUUAAGUUUACUGGGAACCUACGAGGAGCACAAAAGCAUCUGUUACGGUGCUGAUUGGGCACCUUUUCCGAAAAAGGACGACGGAUCCUUGACCAUGGCUACCUGUUCCUUUUACGAUCACAAGUUGUGCGUUAGUCGUGUGAAGAUUAGCAAAUAAGAUUUAUGUACAUUAUAUUGGGUUUAUGUUCUUAUGUUCUUUUUUUUUUGAAAGGAAACAGUCCAAUAAACACAAAACAAAUAACAGCAGAAUGAUUUAAUAGUACAACUAACAACAACAACCAGCCAUAAUAUAUUAUUCUUUAGGAUAAAUAACAGUAAAAACUUUGAACGAAUAUUUCAAAUAUCGAUUGCAUUUUGAAGUUCAAGCAACCCAGGAUAAUCGUUAUCGCUGGAAGAGCAUUAUGUUUGGCCAUCACUAAAACAAAUAUUCGAAUUUGCAGCGAUUUUGAAAUGCAACCUCAUCAGAACCCAGUACUCGAAAGUGACGAAGCGUUACUGGAUCGUGGUAAAAAGCGCCUCGAGGAGAUGCAAAAGAUUGUGGAGAAUAUGAUGGUUGACUUUACGGCCUACGCGAAUGACUCAAAUGAAGAGGCUCUGGCCAUAAACGAGCGCAUCCUGCAGCUGCUCACUGAGUGUGCCGAGGCCAAAGCCGAGGAGCAAAUGCUCCGUGAGGAACUACAGCGUUACCAGGAAAAAUAGAGAAGUGUCCGGAGAGCAUGCGGUUAAUUUUGAUUUCUUUUAUAAAUACAUAUGUAAAAUAUAGUUAUCACACGCUUUUCCAUUUGA